UUAGGGAUGGUCUAUACACACUCUAUUUACUUUUACUUUUCAUUGGCCAACAUCAGCAAUUGAUCAUCAUGCUCUUCUUCUUCUUCUUCACCUCCGUCACCGUCGUCCUCAUAACGGUUCCCUUGUCACACUUUGGCAUCUCGCGCUAGUUCUUCUUUUUCUGCUUCUUUUUCAUCCAGCAUAUGCGACGGAAGAUCCUCGAACUGUGACGGCUGUGUCCUUUUUUCUAAUCGAACAUAUUUCGGCCGCGUUUCACUGGGAAUGGAACAGUUGGUUUCUCUCUGUCUCUCUGGUUCUCUGGUUCUCUCGCUCGUUGACUGGCUCCUUGGCUAACCUGCGAUCGGAUCGUUUGGCUGGACAAUCGCAGUUACACAUACCGUACCACAUAGGGACGUAUUCGUACAUCCUCGCUGAGUACGUACUUGCAAUCAACGUUGUUCGGGAUCGAGCGUCAUCAGGGGAAACUUUCGACGGCACCGCUUCUUCUGAGGCAAUCAGUAGUCCAGUGAUCUCCAUCUGAGGAUCAACCACGGUGCAGCACAUCAUGGUAUAGUUUCAAAGUCGGAGACUACGCCAUCAUUUAGUUUUAAGGAUUCUUCGGCUAUAAUUGCUCAUACCAUCACACUCCUCUCCAUUACUUACCAUCAAGUGCACUCUCCUUCGUCCCAUCUGUAUUCUCCCAAUCCCACCAUGAUCUCCGCAACUUCCAUCAAAAAUUCGAGGCUCUGCUGCCCCUCCAUACUGGUGUUCGUGGGCGUGUUGCUCUUCGGAGUCAGCCAAACCCAGGCCUCCUCCUCGGCCAUGGAUCAUUUGGGACCACGCUCCACGGACACUCUCGACUACCAAAAUCUAUAUGGAGGAGACGAGGACGAGGAGGGCGACGCUCGUUUCUUGUUCUCCUCCACCACGGGCGUGCCCGUUAAUUCCACGCUGAUCCGGGUGGUGGGAGCCAUUAUUGGGGCGCUCCUCAUUGGAUUGCCGUUGUUUUUGGCUUACACCACGGCCUUGAACAGCAACAACAAUGGCGGCGGAGGCGGAUACGGAAGUCAUUAUCGGAGAUUUAAACGCGAGGAGCAAGACGAAAUGGCUUCUCUAAUCUACGCCAUAAUGGAAAGCUUUAAGAAGUACGAGGUGGAUGAGAUAGGAUGCCAAAUCCAGUUGGCAUGCGAAUCUGCUCAGUACCAGAAAGGUCAAAAACAUUCCCAAUACCAGGGACUUCCAGCCAGGAUUCACAAGCUCCUGAGCACGAUGACCCUCUUCGAUCUGGAUCCUGAAGAGUUCCUACUCCACGACUAUGUCUUGGAUCUCCUCAAGGCCCAUGAAUUAGGCCUACACUCGGGGCAAUCCAUAUGUGACAACACCUACGGAAGCCGUUGUAACAGGUCUUGAUGGGAUCCGUUCCAAGUCCCUAGAAGGGCUGGGAAAGAACAACAAAAUCAAACUGGAGACAUUGUCUGAGCGCACCCAGAGAAAGAACGAGGAAGGCGAGGGUACAGUUCGAACCUCGUUCUUAGUCAAAUGAGAGAUUUAUUGCCGAAACUUAGGUUUUAAGGUUGCCUUUGAUGACGUUUGUUCAGUAUAUUGUUAGCGAAUGAUAAGUAUAUUAACUAAUUACCCUAUGUAUGAAUACCUCAAG